ACUGUGUGCCUGCGAGGCGAGCUCAGAAAGAGCAGGAAAAACACACCGCCUGCGCAAUGGCGUCGCCGUCGUGUGCAUCCACGCUGCCCUGGACCGCCGCCUUCGCUCCAUCCUCCUCCUCCGCCUCCGCCGCCUCGCCGCGCGGAAUCCAGACGCGCCGAGCCCCGUCGCUGGUCAUCGUCGCCCAGGGCAAGGUCAAGAAGUAUCGCCAGGUCAUAUUGAUGGAUGACAUUGAGGAGGUGGGUGGUAAAAAGGGGGACACGAUGAAGGUGCGGGCCGGCUUCUACCGCAACUUCCUCCUCCCCAAGGGGAAAGCCACUCUGCUCACUCCGGACGUCCUCAAGGAAAUGGAGCUGGAGCAGGUUAGGAUAGAGGCUGAAAAGAAGCGGGUAAAAGAAGAGGCACAGCAACUUGCACGAGUAUUCGAGACUAUCGGGGCAUUCAAGGUGCCACGUAAAGGUGGAAAAGGAAAGCAGAUCUUUGGAAGCGUCACGUCGCAAGAUCUCGUUGAGAUCAUAAAGUCCCAGCUUAACAGGGAUGUCGACAAGCGCCUGGUGGAGGUUCCUGAGAUCCGGGAGGUCGGGGAGUACGUCGCGGAGAUCAAGCUCCACCCUGAUGUCACCGCAAAGGUGAGGCUGACUGUGUAUGCCAAGUGAGCCCGGCCUGCCUGGUGCAGACAGAAGCAACAUUGGAUGGUGAAGUCUGGUCUUAUCAGACAUGGCAUAUGUUCUGAAAAUCUUGUAAUUGUUAUGCGACCGAAGAUGAGUUUUGAAAUGUCGUUGUAUACUCUUAGGAAAACUGUUGAAAGAGCUCUUGAUUCUUACCAAGUGAAUAUGUGGAAUCCUUCUUUGUGUCA